UGCCCGGCAUGGCGACGCCACCGCAGAGCCCCACGCACGGCCCUCCGCUCCCUUCCGGUCACCUCCAACCGUCUCCUGCCAGCAGCUGCCAGCUCCCAGGCCGCGGAGCGCCGCCGAGUUCUCCACGCGGUCUGGGCCGGUGGCGAAACGACCCUCGAGAGCGCGCGGCUCCAGGCCGGAAGUUGCAGGCCACAUUCCGGAAGCUACUAGCCAAUCAUCGAAAGCUUCCGGCCGAUGGCCGGAAGCUGCGGAUCGCGCCCCGGAAACGCAAAAGUGUGCCGGGAAAGAUGGCGGCCGCGGGAGAGUCGGCGGCGGCGCCGGUGUGCGUGUUGGUGCUGGGUAUGGCCGGCUCCGGGAAAACCACCUUCGUGCAGUGCCUCGCGGCCCACCUGCACGGCCAGCGCUGCCCACCUUACGUGAUCAACCUGGACCCCGCCGUGCACGAGCUGCCCUUCCCCGCCAACAUCGAUAUCCGGGACACUGUGAAGUACAAAGAAGUCAUGAAGCAAUACGGGCUGGGCCCGAAUGGUGGAAUAGUGACCUCUCUCAAUCUUUUUGCUACGAGAUUUGAUCAGGUGAUGAAGUUUAUCGAAAAACGACAAAAUGCAUCCAAGUAUGUUAUCAUUGACACACCAGGACAGAUUGAGGUGUUCACGUGGUCGGCAUCGGGAACCAUCAUAACUGAGGCACUGGCUUCCUCUUUUCCUUCAGUUGUUGUUUAUGUGAUGGACACCUCUCGCAGUACCAACCCUAUCACCUUUAUGUCCAACAUGCUCUAUGCCUGCAGUAUCCUGUACAAGACAAAGCUGCCUUUUAUUGUUGUCAUGAACAAGACAGACAUAAUUGAUCACAGUUUUGCAGUAGAAUGGAUGCAGGACUUUGAGACUUUUCAGGAUGCUCUGAAUCAAGAGACUUCCUACGUCAGUAACCUGACUCGUUCUAUGAGUUUAGUGCUGGAUGAGUUUUACAGUUCAUUGAAGGUGGUUGGUGUCUCUGCUGUGUUAGGCACAGGACUGGAUGAUUUUUUUGUUCAGCUCUCUAAAGCUGUAGAAGAAUAUGAGAGGGAAUAUCGUCCUGAAUAUGAGCGCCUGAGGAAAACAUUGGAGAAGGCUCAAAAUAAACAAAAGAGAGAUCAGCUGGAGCGCCUUCGGAAGGACAUGGGCCCUGUGUGCAUGCAGGGCAGCACACUUGCAGGGUCUGAUGAUGCUUCUGCAAUGGGUCCCUCUGAGCUGAUCCUAACACGAGGAAAUCUUGAUGAGGAUGAAGAAGAGAGGGAGAGUGACACUGAUGACAUCGACCAUGAAGUUACUGAGGAGAGUCACGAAGAACCAGCUUUCAAAAACUUUAUGCAAGAAACACGGAUGAGAUACCAGAGAAGAAGCAAUGAGAAUGAAUGAGACACCCAGAAAUAAAUGGCUUGAAAUUCCUUGAAAUGGAAUCAAAGGUGAAGGAACAGCAUAAAGAAAUCUGCAUGGAAACAUGCAUGAAGUCUGAAGUCCCUGAACAGCUUCCUCUGAUAUAUUGUACCUUUCUGCAGUAACUGUUGGUCAUAUGAGGGUUUUCUAUCUAACUGACUGCACAUUUGGCCAUCUGCUACAAAGUCACAGAACCUGGGGAGUUGGAAGGGACCCCUGGAGAUCCCCCAGUCCAAGCCCUGCUGAAGCAGGUUCCCUAGAGCAGGUUGCACAGGAAAGUGUCCAGGUGGGUUUGAACAUCUCCAGAGGACACUCCACCACCUCUCUGGGCAGCCUGUUCUGGAGCUCUGCCACCCUUGCAGUAAAGAAGGUUUUUUUUUUUCUGAUGUUUGUAUGGAACUUCUGUUUUCUCAUUUGUGCUCAUCACCCAUUUUCCUAUUGCUGGGCACCACCGAUCAGAGCCCCAUCCUCCUGACUGCUGCCAUUCAGAUACCGAUCAGCACUGAUCAGAUCCAGCGGUGGAUUUGAACGUGACCGCUCUGCCCCGCCAGUCCUCCAGGACUUGAUGUCAUCGGUCCUUGCAUGCGUGGGGAAGUAGCGUCCCCUUGCUGAAGCCUCUGAGCCACCGGGUCCGCCAGUCUCUAUACUCUUCCAUAUAGCAACACGCAUGCGCGUUGGGACGCGGAAGUGGAUUAACUGCUGCAGCCACUCUGCCGCCAGUCUCGAUGGUGAAAGGUCCUCCAGGCACUACUAGGCAUGCGCGCGGAAACGCGGAAGCGGCGCCUUUGCUGCAACGCGCGGGUCGCUCCCGUGUGGGCUUCAGGUUCUCCACUGGCGGGUAAAAACAGAGUUUUACUUAAAUGAGGAUAAAGAAAUAUUUUGUGAUCCCUAUACCGAAAUUUCCUCCUUAAUCCUCUGAAUAUAUGAAACAAUUAUAACAAAAUUAUUCCAGCCAAAACAGUUGCGUAUUUUUAAAAUACAUAUUUUAAGCUUAAAAUGUCUGAGUACUUUGUUCUUUCUAUUUCAACCCUUCUUGACCUAUCUGUGGGCCACUUUUAAAGAGAUGCCAGUGGGGGAUGUGCAGGUGCACUGAAUGCAUCCCCUGUAGUUGAAUACAGUGCGGUGUGCUGAUGUAGAGCAACCUGGAAUGAUGUGGAUGAAACUUCUCACUUACGUGUUGCAGCACUGAUGUUUUGUGAUGCUGAAACAGAUACGAGUUUUCCUACAAGCUUGUUAUUCCCCUGGCAUUGUUUUUAUAGCACCAUUCCUUUUCAGUGGCCCUGUAGGAAGCCCAGAACGCUUCUCUCUCUCGUCUGAUUUUAAUUUCUUUGAUAAAGAUGAUCCAAAGAGUGCUUUUUAGGCAGAGCUGAGCUGGUUGCUUGUAGGAUCCAGGGCUUCAGUGUGGUAGAAACAUGGACCAUGGUACACUUUCUAGCAGGGAGAAAUUGCUGUUUGCAGCUGUCACUGCACUUCAUACACUCACCUGGUGCCAUAUUAGUCAAAGUAGUUGUAUUUAAUCCAGAUGAUCCUGGUGCAAAAGGGAAAAACAAAUUCAAGUGCAGCAAAGCAGUAUCGCAUUGCUUUGGAAGGACUCCAGCACAAGUGCCAAUAGAUUUAUUUUAUUAGGCACUAAAAGCUCAUUUCCUGACACUGCUGACUCAGAACAGAAAGGAUUUUGCCUUGAACAAUUCAGAACUGGCGGUUAAAGUAAUGGAUAGGUGAGAAUUACUGCACAGAAAUAUUAGAAUUGUGGGUUAUUCAACAACAGUUGCUGAUUUAGUAACUCUGGAGUCUCACCAUUACAGCUUUAUUGAGGAAAAUGAAUUUUAAGAAGCCCUCUAUGAAAAUCAAUGAAGCAGAGCAGCAACUUGCUAUAGGUUUCCCUUACCAAAGCAAGAAGCAGCUUGAAAGCAAAACAAAUCUUGCACAAAAAUUCAAAUGAAGCAGCUGUAAGUGAUAAUAUGUUUUUUUGUGUGUGUGUUCCCUGGACUUCAGCUCUGAACUCUGUUAAACUUUCACAUCCAGCUAAGUUACAAAGUGACUUGCUUUGACUUCAGCACUCUUCAAAAACAAGUUUCAAGUGCAGAAAAACCCAGAAGCUAAAAGCCAACUCCGUUUUGGCUGAAGACAGGAGAACAGACCCAAGCCUCUGAAUGCAACAACUUCUUUACCUCCAGCAGCUGGAAUUCACGACACAGUUGUUAUUUGCAGCAUUAGUGAGAACAGUUCCUGCUUGCUUUUGUUGUCUGUGUGGGGAAAGUUCUGCAGAAUAUGAGACAGACAGAGGGUGGCAGCAGCACCUCAACACUCAGCGUUGUAACACCCAGAGCCACAGGCAUUGGCAACAGAGCUUCAGCGCAGGCUUACAUAAAAGGGUUUAAAACCAGAGCGAUAUUUGACUUGUCGAUUACUGCCUGAUUGUAUUAAUUAUGUUAUUAAUCAUGCAUUUAAUUUAAUCUUGCACUGUUUUGUCUUCCUUUGCAGCAGUGUUUUAUUUGCUCUCAUUGUGCCUGCGUCUUUGCAGAUCUCUCUGAAUCUGGAAAACUUUCCUUUUUACAGCAACUCAAAA